UGUGCUGAAUACCAACGAGUGAAAGUGCCCCAAAAAAGAAAAAUGCCCAAACAAAGUGGAAAGAGAGCGCAGACAAGAAUGCGAAGUGGUAGACCAAGAGAGUACAUCAUAAGGGGGUUUGGCUUCGCUCUUCAGAUUUGGGCUUUUGAAGUGUUCCCAGCAUUGGAAGCAUUGCAUUUCACGGUCCAUGAAGACAAUAGUCACAUCCCUCGAAUAUUACAUUGGAGGAGCAACACGGUGGCCCGUUUUCGGGAGGUUAUGAGUCAGGUUUUUGAAAACUUUGAGGUUGAUGUGCAACUUCUCCGGCCAACAGAUAUUGACAAGCAACAACCUUACUGGAGUUGGGGUGAUGAUGACAACGAAGAAGAAAUUGUUGAAUUAUUUGGGGAUGAGGCCGAAGAAAAAAACGGCACUUCUAGUGAAGAAAAAGACGCGGAUGUCGAGGAAACAGCUACCCUUCCCUCCUCUUCUAAGGGCAAAGGGUCUGUUAAUGACGUUCGCAGUUUGAAGCAUCAAUUACGAAGCACUAAGGAUCAGUUGGAAAAGCUACGUAGUUCAAAUCGGGGGCUUAGGAACAGAGUUCGUGACUUGGAAGCUAUUGUACAGAAGAACUGUUUCAAGCAUGAGAACGAGUGUGACAGAAAUAAAAACGCUAUUCGGGAUUUGACCCUAAAAAUUGCUUCAGUCGAACAUUAUUUUAAGUUGGAGAUGGAGGAGUUAAAAAAAAUUAUGGUGGAGAAGGGCAUGAGGAAGUCUGUAUUGCUCAGAUGAAUGAAGG